UGUCGCUGUGAACAGGAAGAGGCUCGUGGCGAUCCUCUUGGUGAUGAGCCUGGCUGCUCUCGCUGCUGCCUGCUGGGGAAUCGUGCAGCUGACGUGGAGGCAGCGGGCAGAGGAUGUGCUGCAGAUUGGCUUUUCUGGUGGCCGCGUGGAACAAUCUCCCUGUCUGAGGAACGAGGUCGUGUGCCUGGCUGAUGAGAUGGACACCAUGAAGAAAGCGAUGCUGCAGCCGGACGAUUUCCCGACCUGCUGCUGGCCCUUCCAAGAGUCUGGGAGCGAGGUGCUGAGCUGGUUACCGGCACAAAUACCUCUGCAGGCCGUCAGUGUGCAGCAGAGCUCCGAGAGAGCCUCUCCGCUGGGGACUGCCAUCAGCGCCCGCCGAGAUGUUGCUGUCUGUGGCCUGGAUGAGGAAGGCGAGGAGGCAACUCUGCUGGGGACGUGGAGCUGCAGCAGGCAGGAGAAGCCCCACCAGAGCUUGCCUCUGCAGAAUGGGAUCCCCGGCGCCUUUCAGCUCACAAAUCCUGGCAAUUGGAGCAGCUCGGGAACCCCAGCACAGAGGCUGAUAGAUCGGGUGCUGGCGAUGGGGAAGAUGGUGGGAAGAUGGUGGGCGUCAUUAGACCUGUUUUCUUCAAUAAAAUUUCCCGUGUAAAAAGGAGACUCAGGCCAGAGGGAUGCGGCUGUUGGUCUGGUGCAGAGCAAGGUGGUCUCAGAGGCCCUCUCCGAGCUGCCAGCUCCUGCCUUUCGCAGGCAGAGGCCUUCCUCAGGCUUUGCGCUUUCAUCCACCAAGGGCAUCUUUCCUGACCCGGCAAAAGGAGACGACGCUCCUGAAGCCUUUCCCUGCCUCAGGUCCUUGGCAAAAUCCUUUGGCACCAGGGUCGCCUCUGGCCCCUGUAAGGAGUCGUCGGAGCCUGUCAGCAUCUGGGGCUCCUGAUGGCCAGGCUCUGGCCCAUUCCCUUCAGGGAACACGUUGGAUCUGGGGACUGGGUCUAGUGGGGACCCACAUGGUGCGGCCACGUCUGGGACAUGCCUCCAGGAAAGGAUGGAGAUUCUCCUUUGCCCUCCUUUUGUUGCUACUCUAUCUAGACAGACAUUUUCUGGUGCUUUUUACAGCAGUAGCCAGAUGAAGUUCUGUCUGGGCUUUGGCGCUUCUCAUUUUCUCUCUGCGUAACCUCAGGAGUCCUUCAAAGCCCGGAAGCUCUCCUUUUGUCCCCUCCCCUGACUGCCAGCCAAAGCUCUCUGGUCAGCCAGGCCGGUCUUCUUCCCUGCCACCUUGUCUUUGGGCACAUGGCCAUAGCCUGCUCCCGUGCCAUGAAGAUCUCCUUGUGGAAGAAUAUCCAGCCUUCCUGAUCCUUUGCCCUUUGGAAAUAAUUAGUAAUUAUGCCUGUUCUAAAGGACAUGAAAUGAAUAUUUGAGAAUUUUGUGUAAGUUUUAUGUUGUAGUCUGUCAAAAUGUUAAAAUCUUUAACAUGUA